AUGAAUUCUAUUUUGAAUAAAUCAUCUAUUGAAAAUAUAUCAUUAUGUGUUUAUAUUGGAAAUACAUGUUCAUUUGAUGAUGAUAUAUUAAUAAAUUAUUGUUCACAAUAUGGUCGAAUAAUUUCAUGUACAAUAGAUAAAUGUCCUAAUGAAAAACGAAUUUUUUGUGAUUUUCGUAUUAUUGAAUUUAGUAAUAAAGAAGAAUUAGAAAAAUUUCUUCAUAUAUCAUUACAUAAAAUUGAUUUAAUUGAACUUGAUAUUAAAUUAUAUAAAAAUUUAUUAGAUAAUAUUGAUAUAUUAAAUAUUGAUCGUAAAAUAUUUAUUGGACCAAUAUUUAAUUUAAAUGAUAUAAAUAUAAUAAUUGAAUUUUAUAAAUUAAUUGAUCAAAAAAUAAAAUCUUAUAUAUCAAAACAAAAUAAACAAAUAUAUAUAUUAAUUGAAUUUAGUAAUAGAGAAUUUAUUCGUACAAUAAUUAAACAAAAAACAAUUCCAAAAAUAAUUGAUAAUCAAAUAUUAAAUAUACAUACAGCUAUAAAUCCUAAAGAAUAUUUAAAAAAUAAUAUUUCUUUAGAAAAUAAUCAUCAUCAAAUUAUGAUUUAUGGAUUAAAUGAUUAUAUUAAUGAAAAUAUAUUAAUGGAUUAUUUUGAUAAACGAGCAACAGUUGUUGCUUGUAAAAUUAUUCCAAAUGAUCCAAAAUGUGCAAUAAUUGAAUUUGAAAAUGAAAAAUUUGUUCAAAAAUUUCUUGAUUUACAUUUUAUUUAUUUAAAUGGUACAACUCUUUCUUUAAAUAAAGUAUCAAAUCAUUUUAAAUCAUCUAUUAAUAUUAAUCAACAAGAAUAUACUAAUGAUUAUAUUGAUUAUUUACUUGAAACAACUCAAUUAAAUUUAAAUAAUUCAUCUUCUACAACAGAACAAAAUCAAACAUUUUUAUCACAAAUAUCAACAGUUCAACAAUUCAAUUGUGAUCAACAAGAAAAAUCAAUUUCAAAUAUUAUAUCUCAAUCAUCUUCUUUACUAACAGAAUCAAUAGAUGAUUCUUCACCAGAUAUAAAUGAAUGUGGUUGGACAUCACCACCUCGAAAUGUAAUUAAUCAUAUUUCUCCAAUUAAUCAAAUAGUUGAACGUUUAUCAACACAACCAUGUCUUACAACAAUGAAUAUUAAUUCCGAUUCAUUAAAUCAAUCAAGAAUUAUUGAAAUAGAUGAAAAAAAAUCAAUAAAAAAUUUGAAAAAAAAUUUAUUAAAAUUUAUUGAAGAAUAUGAAAAUGAAAUUGAUCAAAUAAAAGAUGAAUAUAUGAUUAAAUAUACAAAAGAUCGAACAAAUAUUGAACAUGAAAUAAAUCGAUUAAUUAAUGAUGAACGAAUUUCAUUUGAUAGAGUUAAUCGUUAUUUAUAUGAUAAUCAACGACAUUCAGAUAAAUCAUAUGAAAAUAAACGAAGAUAUAUUUGA